AUGCAGUCGACAGACUCAUCAUCCAGCGCUAUCGUGGCCAGCGGCAUCCUACCCUUGAAGAGGUAUGAGCUGAAGGAGGACAAAGGUUGCUCCGAAGAGGCCUCCACGUCUUGCGUGCCAUAUCGGGCAAGAGCUUUUUGCAUGGUCAUACCGCGUCUAAAGACACGUUCUGUUACCAGGUUCAGAUUGAGCGCUUCUCCGGCGACGGGUCUUGUGGGCAUGCAGGAGAAUGCUUUCCUCAAUGACUUCUUCGGCUGCGUUGGGUUGCUGCCCCUCACAACUCCAAGUCACGUUCGUGGAGCGAUGGUGAGGAUGAUGACCCGCUCCACUGCCCAACAACAGCUGGGCGCUCUGCACGACUCCCCCGAGCAAGGCCAGUUCGGCGCCAUCUUCGCCGAGGAUGGCAUCACCACGGGAAAUCAGCUCUUGACGGGCCCCUCCUGUUGCACAUUUUGGUGUGCAGUUGGUGUUGGGGCUAUUAUGAAGGGACGCACUGCUGAAUCGGUUGCGAAGUACUCCCGACUGGCGAGAGAUGCACUGGACGCCUACAAUGGCCCUGUGAACGCCGAGGUGGCAAAAGCGUGGGCGAUCCUGGGAUACUUCCACGGUUCCAUGGGAGACAUGGCGAAUUAUGUGAAGUACCUGAAGCUCUCGAGCUCCUUUUUGAUUGAUUCCAUCGAGCAAGGGUCAGCUGGCAUGCUGCCCGUGGGAUUCGCUGAGAUGGUCAGUCAGAAGGACACUGUCCAGGUAUACUCUGGACAUCUAGACGCUGCGGGUAUCGAGUCGUUGGGCGCCCAGCGUCAAGAUGCUCCACAGGGUUCGGAGGGUGCUGAAGAUGACGUGCGGGGUACACUUCCAGAAAACGGUUGA